AUGCUGACAUUUCACACGACACUGGCAAAAGCUGAGGGCUCGUCUGAAUUUCACUGGUCUGAUCUUCUCUGUGAUCUCUGUUACUUUGCAAGACUGAACAGCAAACCAACGACCACCAACACCUCGAUUGGUCUGAUGACAGCUGAGGUAGGACUCUCCGAAACCCGACGUGUGACAUGCAACGAGUCAGGAUGGCAUUAUUUCCAUACAUCAAGCACUGCCAUUCCAGUCUUGCCGGUAGAUUACAGUCGGCCUCCCAGCGGCGGCUUUGGCGAAGAUCGCAAAGUAUGGCAGCGCACCCAAACGAGGCGACCCACAAAGCGUGGGAGGACUCAGUUGGUAUCUGACGAUGCUAAGACAAUCGAGAUCUAUACAGUGCUGCCCGUCAUCUGUAUAAAUGUUACCAGGCUAGUCCUUUUCAGGCAAUCGGCUGACAUGUUUAUGUCUCAGCACCUCACCUCGCUCUGCGAAAUAUUGACCUCUUUCCCACUGACUCCUGCUAGUCCGUUGAUGGCAACGUCACUACCGAUGUUCCACAAAAGCAAUUCGGCUACCAUCUCUAAUGUGCGGAUGAAGAUAGUCUCAACCACUCGACAGCAGAAUGAGCCUCCCCUCGACGUCGAACAAACCUGCACCAAAGAGCUACCUACCUGUGGACGUUGUCAAAUUGAUGGACGCAACUGUACUUACAGUGAAGCUCGAACCGCAGGCCGGCCUCGGAAAAUUCGAACAGACCCACUCCUCGGGUCGACGGCAGGUACGUUGAAGCAAGGAGACACUGGAUCACUACUUUCUCCAACUGCUGACUCUGAGGGGCGUCUGACAGAUUCAUCUUCGCAAUACACCAACGAUACUGCUUGCUAUAAAGACCAUACAUCAUGCAGCGUGUCCAGUAGUGCGGGAUCCCUCCAAGACCCGCUGGAAAUACUAUUCCCAGGCGCUCUCCCGAUUUCCACAGGCGGAACUCUGCACGCUGUGCGAACCGACUCGGACAUCUCAGAAAGUUCCACUGGCCGUGGAAUGCACGCGAUACCGGAGGAUGGUCUCCUUGCGCCGGCGCAAGAUGCCUCGAAUAGUAUAGCCUCCUUUCCUGGAAUUGAAUUCAAUGGUAAUCCAUUCUCGACUUCCUUCCCUGUCCCGAAUCACACGGACUUCUUGGGCUCCGACGCUCACUACCAGGACAUUGAAGACCUGCUGCAAUUCGUGAACCAUACAGCACCAUAUGACACUGGUCAACUGGACAGGAGCGCUGAAAGUUUGGCGGCGAUUGAUCGCGCGUUCGACAUCUGCGAGCGACUGGUCAUGUCCGAAGGCAUGUACGCUCGAGAAGCUCGCUUCCUGCUACUGCUCGCGGUGCUUUCACAAGUCGAGAGCAUCUUGUCGCUGAACGUACCCGGACUGCAGCUCGGCCACAGAGAUACCUUACGUGCGAUUAUGCUCCUUUCGACGCUGGAACACCCGGAGAAAUUUGGUUAUCAGGAUAGUGCGGACGGUGCGCCAGCUUCGGGGGCGGCUUGGUCUCAGGCUGGAGAGAUUGAUAAACGAUUACUCGUUGCCACCGACGAUGAGUCUCUGCUCGUGAAAGAACUUCAGAUGGACAGGAUGCACGGCCGAGAUAUGUGUGGCCGGAAGCCUGGCAGAAGUACAUGUCAUGCUGAAGGCGUAUUGAAUAGCAUAAAUCCCUUUGAAAACUGGACGAACAAGAGCGUUCAUACAGCGUCCCCUACACAGCAAGGGUACCCGGACCGCACUACGCUGUAG